CUCACAUAUACUUGGCUGAUAAUACUAAUUUAUUGGGUAUUCACCCACUUGUAAUCGGUCGAAUGUCAAUUGAGGGUUGGGGGGUGUGGGUUGGGUUGGAGUUGAGAGCUGAACUCUCCUGGGAACGACCUGCGACCCAGUUCUUCUUCCACGCUCAAGGCAUCGAUGGAUCCUGAUGUUCAAAAGAUGAUGUAUUUUUACUGAUUUGAGUAGCUUAACACUUCUUCAACUUAUAUCCGUCCUUGGUUUUUUCGUUUGGAAGAGUUGUGUUCAAGAAAAUAAAACCUAAAUUGCGAAACUACUGUUCAUGGCUAUCUGAAAUUGAAAUCUUAUCUGCUACGUUUCUUUACGAAUUGAAGUAGUACUUGGUGUUUGGCGGUACUACACGGCCCUCCUGGACUGAGAUUUUCAGGCUUUCGCAGACCUAAACCGGAAUCUCCUCUUCCGUUUGGGGCUGGAAAAGUAAGAAACGAAGUUGUUGCUGUUUCUUGGGCUUUUUUUGUUCACUACCGCAGGUAUGGGGAGGAAGAAACAGGGGCUUGGGGAAGAAUCAACUGCUCGCACAACCAGGGCUUCAUCGAGGUUUGAUGUCUUGGCAGUUACAGAGGACGAUUUCCCAGCUCUAAUCUCUGGGAUGAAUGCAAAAAAUCCUGAUGCGAACUCUGCAAACAAGGACAUGAACCCUGUUUUGAAUCAAAUUGCUGCUAAGCUGACUGGUCUGAAGGAAGGAGAUAAGCCUGAUUCUGCUCCUAUGGCUUCUGGGAGUGGAGUAUCUGUCCAGCCUUCUGGAAAGCAUUCUGCCAUAACUGCUGCACCUGUUGCUAAGGCAAUUAACCCGGUUUCUAAUGCGACUAAGGUGCAAGUGAUGCUGAAACAAAGUGCAGUUCAUGGCCUUAGCAGUCCACUGGAGGCUGCUGUUAAGGUACCAGAGAUUGCUGGGGCUAAAAUAGUUGGGCAGAAUUAUAUGCUGGCAGACAAACCUGAGGCAAUUGCUAUCCCCACAGCGGCUGGAAUGGAUAAGAAACCAUGGAACACACUCUUUAAGGAUAACCGAGCCCCAACUCAUGGAAUUAAAUUGAGAUUUAUCGAGCCGAAGGGUAGUGUUUUGGAUUUUACUAAUAAGGUUAUGCCGACCAUGGUUGAGAUGUGGGGACAUUGUCUAGUUGGCUGCUUCACAGGACGGUUCCCUGGCCUCAAGGCUGUCUAUGAACUGAAAGAAAAAUGGGGAGUGAGGUGCCUUGUAAGGCCCCAUGACAAAGGUUGGAUUAUUUUCAAAUUCCAAAACGAUGCGGAUAGAAUGAAAGUUUUGAAUGAGGGACCAUACACCAUAUUUGGAAAGCUUCUUAUGCUUAAAGUACUGUCUGAGGAAUUCUCAUUUGAUGAUGAAGAAUUCCUCAAAGUGCCUAUUUGGGUUAAACUACCUAACUUGCCGAUGCAAUUGUGGAAUGAGGAAGCAAUGAGCGAGGUGGCUUCUAUGAUUGGAACUCCGUUAACGACGGACAGAAUCACCCAAGAGAGGGCAAAUCAUAAUUUUGCUAGAGUACUUGUCGAAGUUGAUGUCUCGAAGCCGCCACCACUAUCCUUUCCUAUACGUUUACCAUCCCAAAAGGUUUUCAAUCAACAAGUGGUAUAUGAGACCUUUCCGAAUUUCUGUUUUCAUUGCAAAAAAUAUGGGCACCACCCUUUUAUUUGUAAAGAGCUAGCGGAAAAAGAACUAAAGGAGAAAAAUGGGAAAGAAACGAACAUGGAUGUUGCUAUUAUAAAAGUUGCUGGACAGGACGCUGUGAAGGAGACCGUGGAGAAGAGGAUGGAGAUAGAGGAGGACAAACUACCCAAUGCUCAACUUGCGGCAGAAAAGAUUUUGGAGGAAACUGGGAACUCGAUGCUUGUUACCGACACAGUGAACCAGGAGGUAGACGAUACGCUUGUUGAAGUUUAUUUGGAUGGUAAGUUUUACAAGAUUAGGGAAGAUGCUAAAGUAGACAGAAGUAGAAUGUUAAUUAAAAUCCCAGGUUUAAGUUGGCUGGAAACAAUCGCCAAAUUGGAGGAUCUCCAUCCAAAGGGUGACCCAUAUUGGAAAAAUAUGAUUGGAAAAAAGAAGAAAUAGUUCGCUGAUUAUAUACAAGGGUAUGGCUGGUUCUACUUUUGAUGAGGUGAGGCAUAUGGAAUUGAUUUAGUUGCUGUUUUGGGGCUGCUAGUAUUUUGAACUACGGCUGGUCUUUUGGCUUUGCCUUUUUAUUAUUGUGAAAUUGUUUGACAGGGGUUUGUCCCAUUGUUCUUGUGAUGCAUUAUAUUUAAGUUAGAACUUCUAGCUUAGGUAGCUUUUUGAUCUAGACUUGACACAUUGUAAAAUGUUAUUUUUUGACGGUUCUAAUAUACUUACAUGUUAUCGUCGAAUGUCAAUUGAUACCCAUGUUAAAGACUGUAUAAUAUUUGGUUAUGUAAUUACGUAACCAAAUGAGUAUAUAGGAAAUAAAGAUGUCCACAAUUGU